CUUAAUAACCGGAAAAGGUUAUGGAGGAUGAAUAGUUAAGAUGCAAACAUUAUGUGAUUUUGAGGGGCUUUUUAGAAUUUGGAGCUCGCCAAUAUGAAGGAGAUGGUUGGGGGAUGUUGCGUAUGCUCCGACGAACGCGGAUGGGCUGAAAACCCACUCGUUUAUUGUGAUGGAACUGGUUGUAAUGUCGCCGUACACCAAGCAUGUUACGGGAUCGUUCAUGUGCCGACAGGACCUUGGUUCUGCAGGAAAUGCGAGUCUCAAGAACGGACAGCUCGAGUGCAGGGUAGCAACAGAAAUAGUACUCCAGAACCUUCAAGAUGUGAACUUUGCCCCCAGAAGGAUGGUGCACUAAAAAGAACAGACACUGGUGUGAGUUGGUGCCACGUUGUUUGUGCGCUGUUUAUACCCGAGGCCUGGUUUGCCAAUGUGCAGACCAUGGAGCCUAUUGUACUGAAGAAUGUGCCACCAGAGAGAUUUCACAAGACAUGCUACAUCUGUGAAGAACAUGAGCGAAGCAGCAAGGCUACCCAGGGAGCAUGUAUGCAGUGUAACAAAAAUGGAUGUAAACAGAACUUCCAUGUCACAUGUGCUCAAGCCCACGGGUUGCUAUGUGAGGAAGCUGGUAACUACGGAGACAAUGUCAAGUAUUGUGGAUACUGUGCUUAUCACUACAAAAAACUGAAAAAAGAUGCAAAUAUCAAAAUCAUCCCUGCGUUUAAACCCAUACCAGCAGACAAUGCUACUCCGGACAAUUCACCGGAGAAAAACAUCAAUUCCAACAAGAAUUUCAAGAAGGGAAAUAAAGCAGAGGCCAAGUAUACGUCCUCAGAACUGUUCGCCCAGCAACGCGAGUCUCGUUCCCAGAUUUCCAGUGCCUACUCCACAGUACCACCAGGUGGUGUUGACGUACUUAAGGAACGGGAGAUCAAUACACCCCCAUUGUCACACAGUAGUGGCAUAGGGAUGUCAGACUCGUCUGCAGUCAGUUCCACAGAAUCUCCGUCUAUGGACGAGCAGGACACUGCAAUCUUGGAUCUAACCCACAACGGUGAUCCAAAGCUCCCUCUGGUAGCAGAGCCCAAAUUCAUGGCCCCAAAUUCCAAUGACUCUAGUAUGAUGGGUUCAACAAGUGCAGCAACUAGCUCCUUAGGGGCUCCGGCUACAUCAUUUUCGGGUGUUCUGGAGAACUUUGUGGGUGGGGUGACAUCAGUGUCGAGACAACAUUCCCUGGAUGACUCCGCGACAGAAGAGGAUGAAGACUCCGAUGUCAUGGAUGGUAAACGCUCUAGGUCAAGGUCACUGGAGAAAGGAGAUAAAAAGGUAAAGAGAUUGAAGCAAGGACAGGGGUCAUCAGGUUCAAAAAAGGUCAAAUCAGGGUCACAAAAUGUGAAGGAGUCAUCGCCUCCAGGAACAAAGAAGGCAAAAUGGAAAGGGGAUGGAACCAUUAGUAAUACAGUAGCUGGACUGGCAGGGAUGAAUAGUUUUGCUACAUUUGGAGGAAGUCCAUAUUUUCAAAGUCUCAGUGCCCCAAGUCCACUGUCUUUGUCAUCAUCUUUUGGGCCGACAAACAAUAUGAAUGCUGUGAGUCCAGAAAUGGAUGGCAGUAACGAGUUAACAGGAGUGCCAAAAAUGUUUCCAAGUCUCACAACUUCACCGUCUAAACAAGACAAUGGUGAUUUCCCAACGAGUCUGGAUCAGCUACUCGAGCGACAGUGGGAGCAGGGAUCUCAGUUCCUCAUGCAGCAAGGACAACACUUUGACAUUGCCUCCCUUUUGAGCUGUCUUCAUCAGUUAAGAUCAGAAAACAAACGUUUAGAGGACCACAUUCAGAGCCUGACAUCUCGACGCGACCACCUACUGGCAGUGAAUGCACGUCUUUGUCUAUCCUACACCCCGACAAACAACAUCAAUACUGCCUCUCUAGACGCUAGCCAGCACAGUCCCAGGAUCUCACAGGAACAAUGUGGGAGAAGCAGUUCUAAUCAUAGUCCAAAUGUUAAUUGUAACUCACCUGUCACAGCUCAAAUCAACCCAGCAGCACUCUCAUCCUCAGCUCUGACAGUUCCUGUCGGCAUACCCAAUCAUACCAUACAGACCUCACAACCUCCAUACAACAUUUCUCAUUCUAUCGGAAACCUAUCUAGCAUCGCCAUGGCAACCACAUCAUCCAUAGCAACAGCAAGUGCUGAGAGUUCACAACAGUUAUCUCAACACAAACUACAGAACAAUCUCACGAACAAGGAUAACACUUGAACGUAAACCAGUGUCAGUUUUCAAGUUUUACAGAGCAUGACAAAGUUUCACUGAGGAUCACGCCACAAGUUAAACUCAGGCAUAAGCUGCUGAUCAGGAUAAACUUGAUCAGAACAGCUGAUGUGUUAUUGAUGAACACUAUAUCAGUGUCGUCGCAAAACAAUUGCACAGAGCAAGUCAUUGCAUGUGCUAAACGUGUCCACCUAGGAGAGCAUGGUCACUCAAAGAUUUGGUUUACUGAUUGAUAACUUCUUGGUAGACUAUCAAUUCACACGUAUUUAUGUGCAAUGUUCAGUGUGCGGGACAGAACAAAUUAUUGGUCAAUUGCAGACUGGAUCAGUAGUAUACAUAUACAGCAUGGUGUGUGGUUAGCCAUGGAAUUCGUUCAGCCUUGUGAUUGGUCCAUUUGUGUAAGUGGUCCUGUUGUGUGGAGUAGCUGAUUAUUACGACAGUAUGUGAAGCCGAUUUAGUUGGCACAUAAAUCUGAUAGGGCCGUUGCAGAAUUGAUAGGGCAGAAGGGAAGCACUUGACUGGGUGUAGUGUGAUAUUAUUUACUGUUUCUUAUAUUACUACAGUCUAUUUGAUGGUUGAUGGGGUUACUGAAGUAUGGUUUCCCACGUCUUACUCCAUGAUUAAUUUGGAAUAUGCUGUAUAAAAAAUAGAUGAAAAAGUCAGUGUUACAUCUAAUAACAGACUUUAAAAGGGGGAGACUCAAUUUUCGGAAAUUUUCUCAUCAGUGUUAUCUCCAGUGUGAAUUCAACAUGAUCAGGAAUAUUUGUAAUACGUAAAUUGUCAGACCAUCUUAAAACCAGAGAUUUAAACAUGAUAUUCUUUUUGCAAAUUGAAAUUUUCAUUUAAUUAAGUCAGGUUUAUUGUGGAAUUUGAAGGGGGAAAACCCAGAACUUUAAUAGCUUUUGGCAGUGGUAAGAUGUCAAAACAUUGCAUAUGACAGGAUUUAUAUAUAAGAUUAUCUGCAUUUGUUGUGAGGAUAAGAUAUCAGGAUUAUCUGAAGUUGUCUCGAGAAUGAGUUAUCAAGAUUAUCUAGUUAUGAUGAGAACAAGUUGUCAUGAGAAAAAGAUAUCUGUCAGGAUGAAAACGGAUUACCAAGAUUACAAGUUGACAUGAGAAUGAGUUACAAGGUUUAUCUUCUUGGAAUUCAAUUCAGAUAUGUAGAGAAAAUAAUUACCCAACCAGAAACAUUCGGAUAUGUAGAGAAAAUAAUUACCCAACCAGAAAUUAAACAAUCAGAUUACUUUUAUUAACUGACAAUUUCCAGUUCAACUGGCACACAUUGUCGGUCAACUUAUGCCAUGGUGUGUCAUCUGUCGUCUUUUGAUUUUGUCAACUUUUCCCUAACAUUUGACUACUUCCAUAAGAGGAUUUAUUAUAUGCAUGAACAUUUCUCGCAAUCACAUUGGUCGGAUCAUGUACACGUGACCAGUCCUCAAAAACUCAUGUAGACUGGUUAUCCGGUGAAUAUCGAUUUCUAAAUAUAGCCUAUAUGGAAAUACCCCGGAACCUGUCAUAGCGCAUGCGCAGUUAGACCGGAACGUGAUCUGUCAGACAACAUUAGAAGAUGGCUGCUGGCAAACGUUUCUCCUCCGUUACAUCAGAAAAUUACCAAAACUAUUCAAGGAUAAAGAUACUGUUAACAUAAAAAGGCCAUUGAACACGCAGUGCAUGUCCUCCAUGCUUAUCUUAAGAAAAAGAACCUAGACGACGUCUUCGAAA